GUGAACUCUGACCCCUUAGCAAGAUCUAAGCUGGGCGUAUUUCCACGUUUGAGAAACAUAUUGUGUAAUGGGCAGAACAUUGUCGGAAAUAUAGCUGUAGACUUUCAGAUAUUUUGAGCUUAUCUGAGGCACAUGUAUUUACCUCAGAGCAGAGUUAACAUCCCAACAGUACGAGUUUGAUUGAACAGUGAACUGGAAAUGGUGGAAAAUAACUUGAAGAUGGCAGAGUCCACCACUAAAACUGUGCUAGGUGAGAUCAGCCAGGGUCACCUAGAAUGUCCAAUAUGUCUCUGCCGUUUUAAAGAGCCUAAGAUUCUGGACUGCCUCCACAGCUUCUGUUUGAACUGUCUGAAUGGAAUGUUGAGUUCCCAGCAGGCAGACACAGGAAAGAUCCGGUGCCCAGUCUGCAGGAAGGAGACUCCAGUGCCGGAGGUUGGCGUAACUGGUCUCCUGGACUGUUUCUUCCUGAGUUCCCUGGUGGAUGAGUUCAACCAGCGGGAACAGUCACUGGAGACCCUACAAGCAGCGACCGCACCGACAUGCGGCGAUUGCGUAGAGGGGUUGGAGGCUGUGUCACGAUGCCUAGACUGCGAGGAAAAUCUUUGCCACCUGUGUAAGGCCGCACAUGAACGCUCAAAACGCACCAACAAACACCAGAUCAUCCCAAUAGACAGUCCAAUCACAAAGCAGGCCAAUAAAGAACACCUUGGCGGGAAACACUCACCUAAAUGUCAGAUGCAUGCCAACCAGUGCAUGCAUUUUUACUGCGAGACAUGUGAGCUGUUGACAUGUGGCACUUGCGCCGCGAUUAAUCACCGAUCGGCCGAGCACAAAUACAGUGAAAUUGCUGAUGCUGUGAGAUCUCACCGUAAAGAAAUAGAUGAGGUUUUGCAGAAAUUUCAGGAGAGCAAAGAGGAAUCUAGUUCUAUCGAGGAGUCGAUUGACCACGCACGAAAUAGACUACGAAUAAUGGUGGCCCGAGCCCACAACGACAUUCAAGCUAAAGAGGAAGAAGAGAUUGCCAAGAUCAAAAAUAAUUCCCGAAUUCUCAGGGACGAGAUUUCUGACAUUGGUAAGAAAAGAGAUUGGGAGUUUGAAACAGUGCACGAACAGAAUAAGAAGAAAAUGGAACGAGUAGAAACUAUCGUGGCAGCAGUCACCGAAUUAAUGCAACAAGCCGAUGAUUUCGAGCUUUUAAAUUUGAGGCCAAAGGUGAUGCACAACCUGGAUUUCCAGAAAGAGCUCGUGUUUGAGAAGGUGAAUCACGGCAAGUCAUACAUUGGAGUCAACUGCCAAGCCAUCGUGCAAGAUAAAGAUCUUGGGAAUAUACUUCAUAAAGAGAAAUGGAAGUUGAAAACCGAGUUUGGUAAGGAAGGAGAUAGAGACGGAGCAUUCAACUGUGCAGCAGGUGUUGGCUGCUUCAGCAAUGGUGACAUUGUUGUUAGCGAUAAACAAAAUGAGCAAGUAACCAUGUUUUCUUCUGCAGGACACUACAAAGCAAAGCUUAAUGUGAAAGCGCCUUUUGGGAUUGCUGUGUCGCCUGAUGAUCGCCUUCUAGUCAACUGUAAAGAUCAUGUAAAAAUUCUGGGCGCAGACCAUCAAUUGAUUUCUCAGUUCACCUUUUCACAGACUGAUCACAAAGAGGAGAACCCAGCGGAAUGUGUUACUGGAGGUAUUGCAGCUGUCGAUAGUAAACAGGUAACAGUUGUGCACCAGGGGAGAAGGGCCACGUCCCAGCACUGCUUGGAUGGGUCUUUAGUGACAGUUAUACCUCAUACUGCCGUGGCUAUAGAGGAUAUUGCUGUCAACAACAAAGGACGUUUAGUUUUUACGAGUUACGAUAGCUGUCAACUGGGCUGUAUAGAUUUAAAAGGCAAGGAGAUAUUCAGUACCCUUAUUUCUGUUGAUGGACAACCAGCAAAACCUGUUGGCGUAUGUUUGGACAAUGCGGGCGACAUUUACGUUACGCUUCAUUGCAAUCAAGACGGUUAUGUCCACCAUUAUGACCCGAUGGGGGCUUACAUUGAUUGCGUUGCUAAAGGAUUGUACUGGCCAUUUGGCAUCGCGUUUUCUCCUGGCGGGGAACUCGUGGUGGCUGAUCAGGACUCCAUUAAGAUCUUUCAGCGAGUUUGAGCAAAUAAGGCGCUGAAUCUACAUUAUAUGUGUAUUGGGCCCACAAAUGUUGAAUUCCCAUAAGUAUAACUAGGAGUUCAUAUUCAUCAUUAUGACUGAAAAACAGCUGGGAAAGACCUGCCGAUGUUCAUGUAAAUGAUGAUAUUUAUUCUGACAUUCACUUUAAAAUACAAUAUAAACUGAAAAUUAUCUAAAGUCAGUAAGAUACUGCAGGAUGGCCAGGAAUGCAUUACAUGUUUCCAAAAGGUGUAUGUCUCCCGAAACCCAAACCAGUGGCGUAAAUCUGUAACGGAAGUGAGGGGAUGGGGAAUGACCUGCCCGGCCAUGGAAAUUUGAAAAGUGGCGGCGGGCAUCAUAUGUUUCUGUAUAGUCGAGGUACACGAUAUUGGUGUAUAAUCUGCAUUAUGCAUUCAGAAUAUUUUAUUGCUUGUAAUGUUUUUCCCAUUUUUUAGUGAUAUAUUUAGUGAAAGUCUAAAAUAUUCUUCACAAUUAACCCGCUUUACUUUUUGGCUCACCACGAAAAAAGAGUGAGCAGGGGAGGGGUUAUUCAAUAGCCCCACUCGAAAAAUUGGGGGGGGGGGUUAUAUACCCCCAUCCUCUCUGGAAUUUACGCCCAUGACCAAACACAAAGUAAGGU